AUGGCGCGAGGCUUGAUGCAGAACAGCUCGUCCAGCCUCACGCCAUUUCUGGCCAACGUCGAUGGUCAAUUCUGGAACUCAGACACGGCACGAUACACACAAGAUUUUGGGUACACCUACGCCGAAACAUCAGGUCUCAGCAUGGCAGGGAUCUCAGGGGUGGAUAUGGACGACCGAGCCCGUGUGAGCUUGGCCAUAAACCGCCUAUACGGCUCGUCCAGUCCCUCCAUGUUGGCCCGAAAACAGAAGCGCAUGGAUUGGCACGUUUCUCCGGACAGAGGUACAAACUGGCUCCAAUGGCAUGCGAAAGUCACCAACGCUAUCACGAAUCGUAUCCCGGAUCUGUCUCCCCAAGCAGAGCCACGCGUGCCCCCGCUCGAGCUGGAACGGGGAGCGUACACCGAAUGGCUUGCCAACGUUCGCGUCAUCAAUGGGGCAUUAAACGGAUCUUUCUCCGUCCUCUUCUUCUUGGGUUCAGUCCCUCAGGACGUGGUCUCCUGGAAAGCGUCGUCGAAUCUUGUUGGAACAAUGGGUGUCUUCGCUAUGCCACGUAUGGGAGCCGAGAAUCACAUUUCAGGCACGGUGCCAUUGACCAAAGCUUUGCUCAAGGCGGUCGAUCAGAGGUUCCUGGGACGGCUUGAUCAAACUGAGGUGACAAAGUUCCUCCAGGACAAUCUCCAGUUCCGGAUCGUCGGGCACAAUAGCACUGCGGUUGAUGCGCGGCAAGUGAGAGGACUGUGUGUAGAGGUGGCUAGCUCCGACGUGAAGAUGGCGAUGAACGAGUGGGAGCUUCCGAGCUGGGGCCAAGUGAGGACGAGGUUUAAUAUGGUGUGUUGA